CCUUAGGAAGCACUGAGAAAACCGUCCGUAGGUCUCCUUUCAGUUUCUGGCAAGAUGAUGCAGAGUCUGCACUGGCCCUUCCAGAUUGCUGCAGCUGUGAAGAUUGCAUUUGGCAGGAACGUAAAUGUACUGGCAUGGUUCGGUUCUUGUUUCAGUGCCCUCUAUUGCUACUUUCUGGAUUUUGGCGCACAUUUCUGGCUCUAUUCUUGUUUCAGUGCCCUUUGUUCCUGGUUUGGCUUCAAUUUCGGCCCUCUCUGUUGUGGAUCAAGUGUAUGGGAAGAUGAUUGCGAGUGGACCUAAAGUGGGACGGCUCUUUCCUCUACACAUUACUCCUUCCACAAUUAUCCCUAAUUUUCCUUUACUUUCUUUGCUUGUAAUGUUGUUAGUCCUAGAAAUAAGAUGUGGCAUAGACGUCACCCAAACUCAGACUACUUCGUACUUUGUUUAAUUCUAGUUUAUUGGAAAAUAAAGCAUGUUCUUCUCUUGAUCUUUCUUUUGAUAGUACAACAUGCAAACUUGGCAAAAGUAAAGUUCUACAUUUUCCUCA